UUGAGUUCGCCACACAGAUAUAACUACAGAGACAAAAACCGGACCAUCGGGCACCUGUGCAGCUCCCAUUGACCUUUUUAGUAAAAUCGAAAUGUAUUCUUUGUAUAUUUUAUCGGUGUAGAGACUUAAGGAAUUCCUACAAUGACAAAAAAGCUAUGUGAACGUUGUUCUAAUCGAUUUUCCUUGGAUCUAUCGUCAAAGGACUCUCCGAAACAGAAAUUUAAACAAUAUGCGGAUGCGUGUUACAUGCAUGGCCCGUCGGCCAUUGCGCGUUCAAUUAACAUAGUACGAAUGUCACUUUGGAUAUUAGUAUUUCUAGCUGGAUGGGGUAUGACAGUUUGGCAGUUGACAGAAUUAAUCAAGAAGUUCUACACUUACCCGACCUCCACCAACCUCGUUCUUAACUCUAACGGAAGUAUGCUGUUCCCGGCAGUAACAAUAUGUAACAGUAACCCCAUACGGAAAAGCCUGCUUUCCAGUACUAGCACGGACAUAAGGAACCUGAUAGCGGCCGCAGAUACGACCGAGGCCCCACAGGUAUGGGAAUGGGACACGUUCGAUGACAACAGUUCAUUCUACGAUAGUUACGACAGCGAAGCCUCCGUUAGCUUCGAUUUCGCAUACGAAUUCGCCUCCCUUGAUGAUGCUACAAUAACAGCUACCGGACAUCAACUUGAGGAUAUGCUGGUGUCGUGUAACUUCAAAGGAAAAUCUUGCUCACCUUCGAAUUUCUCACACUUUAUACACUACAAGUAUGGGAACUGUUAUACGUUCAAUUCUGGUUUCAAUUCCACUAUCGCUGAAACAGAGAAAUCAGGACCCGUAUACGGUCUAGCACUGGAGCUUUACCUUGAGCAGGACGAAUAUAUCGGGAGCCUUUCUCCAGACGCCGGGAUCAAAUUGACGAUACACAACCAGACUAGUAUGCCUUUCCCGGAGGAAAACGGUAUAAACCUCGCCCCUGGAUUCAAGACAGGAAUUUCUCUAAAACUUACAGAAAUUAUUCGAGCUAAAGCACCACACGGGGAAUGCAAAGACUAUACCAAGGCAGAAAACUACCUAUACAACGCCUGGGCUGAAGAAGGCCAGCUUAGUAUAGAUUAUUCUUACGUGGCCUGCCAGAAAACUUGUUUCCAGCAGAGCCUGAUCAGGUUCUGCGGAUGCUGUAGCCUGGAUUUACCCUGCUCAGGAGCUGCCCUCACGGAUGAACUGUCAGAGUAUCCUUACGGGGUCGGCUGGUGUCUCUAUUCUAACGACACACAAGCAAUAUGUGAAAGCAAUGUACUGGAAAAGUAUGAAAAGAGUGAUCUGCCCUGUUCAUCGUCCUGCGUUCCACCUUGCGAUGAAACAGAGUUCAUGACGGAAGUGUCCAUGUCCGCCUGGCCGUCCACCGCAUACAUGGACGCCGCCAUCAACGACUUCCGAUCUGCCUCCAGCACAAUCUUCUCUACCAUAACGACGAGUUCGACGGAAACCGAAAAAAGGAGUUUUAUGAAUGAAAAUGGAGUUAAAGUAGAAAUAUAUUAUCGGUACUUGAACUUCGAAGUGAUCAAAACAGAAGCAUCAUAUGAGGUGGAGAACCUUCUGUCGGACAUCGGUGGUCAGCUCGGACUGUGGAUAGGAUUGUCCAUUGUGUCCUUGUUCGAGAUUAUAGAGAUAGUUUCGGACAUAGUCGUUAUUGGGAUACUAAGGUUGUGUAGCAAGAAGAAAAAUGGUGUAAAGUCAAUUAGGGAUGACCAGCUAAAUGAUGAUGAGGAAGCAAACAGCAAACUGCCUCCAAGUUUCUCCAGGGCCGGUACCAAACAUCGGUAAUGAUUAUGUAAUAAUACAUCGUGUUUUGGCUCGAUUCACAGUACCUUUACACGUGAAACACGCAAGUUGACGCGUUACGAACGAAUUAGACUCUCGAAGAAUAGUCAUGACACAUACAAAGCCUCGUUCUCUAUGACAGAGCUUCAUGGCUCAUGACACGUAUGAAGCUUUAUGAAAUGUAACAAAGUGUGAUGAAACAUUGCUUGAUAAGUUCAAACGCCACAAAAGUGUGCAGCACGUCACAGCGUCAAUAGAAACGUCACAAAAGUGUGCUAAAACAUCACAGCGUCAAUAGAAACGUCACGAAGCAUUUUAAUAUGUAGUGGGAAUGGAUUCAAGCAAUUAUUGAUCACCUCUUAUUAAUUUGAUAUAGCUGAUGCAACUUUCAACACAGGGACAAAUGUUUUCCAGUCACGAUAGUGAAAUAUAAUUUGAAAUUUAAUUCAAUUACCUGACACAGCCCAAAUUGUUUAAUUCUACAAACGAUUGUUUAAUAUCACUUUUCAGCACUACAAAGUUAAAAAUAUAUCACAAUACUAACUUACUAUUAUUUGACGUAACGACAUAUUUUGUCAGAAAAGUAAUCGUGGAAUAUACUAGUAUUUUAUUUAGUGAUCGGUGAUGGCGGUAAAAUAUCAUAGAUUAGUACAUGACACACAUUUUCCCUUCAUCCUCUUUUGUUGGAUCCUAAUAACUUGGAGGUCAAUGAUUGUUUAUAUUGACCCCGUGUUCUACUUUAUUGAGAAGCAGCAGAUUAAUAUUUUAACUUUGUGACCGAUAUUUCAAUUGUAACGUCAUAACGCUUCCAUCAAAUGUCUCCUCCGUAUAAUUUCAUAUUUCUAUUUUGUUUAAUGAUACAAAAUCUUAUUGAGCAUGAAAUAUAACAGUAUACCAGGAUUUUUGUUCGAUGAAUAUGUUCACCUCACCAAAAGUCAAUAACUGAUAAGUAUAUAUUUUUUGCGAAGAAUGAGUUAAUGCAAGGGUUAUUUCUUAUCAAUGGAUGUUGAAGAAUGAGGAUGGCAUUAGACAUUUCACUUUAUAUUCGGAAUCUUGGCAAUUUGUACAAUAUAUUAAAGUUUUGAAACCACGUAAAGGUAAUAAGCAAAAAUAAGAAAAAUAAAUAAAAAAAUAAGCAUUACCGUAGCUACCCAAUAUUUAAAGUAUUUCUUAGGUUCUUUUUAUCAUUAAUUAUAAAUAAGCCCGAUACGAGCUCUCUAUAACCUUUGUAAAAUAUUGUGCAAAAUUAUUCUUUUUUGGACCUAUAUACUCUUUUGCUUUUGAAAGAUAAAAACGAAAAUUUAAGAAUAAAUGUUGUACUGAGCUUUAUUGGUUGGAUUUAAAGUGAACUUUAUGUAUUAUCAAUACUAUUAUCACGAACAAAGUUCUCAUUUAAAUUUCGAUCCCGAAAUCAUUUCAUUGUAUUAUUCUAUCACGAAACCUCAAUUUUCCCGUCAUGGUUUGUUUGGUUCGGACUAUCAUGAAGAUAACGACAGAUUUUAAUGUGUUAUGCCGUACCACGCAUUUAUGUUCAUCUGACUCAAUUAGUACUCAUUUAUUGCGCGGAUGUAUGUACACACGCCAUCGUCUACUAUUGAUAUACAUCCGCACUACAAAGUCGUGAUGCCUGUAUCAUCAGAUGAACAUGCAUGUAUAUACGAUAUGCGGGUAUGUUGAUGAACGAAGAUUUCAUCAAUCCUUAU